AUGAACAAAGAUCGUCCAUUAUCACGUAAAAACCCUCUCAAAGUCAAAAAAGAAUCCCACAAGAUCACCAAUGACGCGCCAUUGCCAAAACCGAUGAAACCGACCCGGCUGAUACCGAAUCGCAUGGCUAUCUAUUCCGUGCCUCAAGGAGUCAUCCAGGUCACUGCCCAAAACUUCAAAGACGUUGUCCAAAGCCUCACCGGUAAUGGACAACCUACCGCACCCAGUGAAGCUUCUCCGGCAGCAAGGCUUGCUUCAACUGAAAGAACGGCUUCCAAGAAAAAAGAAAAGCUUUCUUGUAGAACUGGGGACGAUGACAUGAUGAGGAUGUUGGAUAAUGGCGUGCAAAUGAGUCAAUUUCCAGGAAUCUUAUUGCCAGAGCCGGCCACAUCGCAGCCAUUUCCUUCUGAGAAUUUUUUGUCACAGACACCAUCAGAUAUUUUCUCGUCAGACCCUUGGCCGAUGAUACCAUCAGAUAAUUUCUCGGCGGAGACAAUGCCACCAACACGAUCAGAUAUUCUCACGACCGACACUUGGCCGCCGAUACCGCCUGAUUUUUUCUCGGGGAUAACGUGGCCAGUGACACCAACCGAUACUUUCUUGCAAGACACAUUUCCGAUGACUCCGUCAGGUAUUUUCUCACCGGGGACUUGGACGCCGGAGACAUUACAACAAAGACGGGCCGGUGUGUUUUCACCGAUUUUAAGCCCGCAGUCGCAGACGGUGGUGUCUUAUAAUGACGUUUGGCCUGAGAACAACGCUUUUGCAAAACCAUCGGAAUUUCUUUCCCCUGAAGUUAGUUCGCCACAGUCGCCACCGAUGCAGUUCAAUCCUUUCGAUUACAACUAA